GGCUCCGGCGGGGCGGGGAGGGGCCGCAGCCGGAGCCGGCCAUGAGCGGCACGGCGGAGGCGCGGGAGCUGGAGGAGCGGCUGCGGGAGGCGGCGGCCCUGGGGGACGUGGCGGAGGUGCAGCGGCUGCUGGCCGCGGGGGCAGACAUCGACUCCCGCAACGAGAUCAAUGGCUGGACCUGCCUGCACUGGGCCUGCAAGCGGAACCAUGCCCAAGUGGUGUCCUGCCUGCUGGAGGCCGGUGCAGACAAACACAUCCUAACUGCUAAGGGAGAGCUGGCGGCACAGCUAACAUCGAAACCAGACAUCCGCAAGAUUUUGGGAGAGGAACAAACCGAAUGUCAAGGAUUGAAGGAUUUAAAUUUACCCAUUGUUGCGAACUACUUGGCCAAUCCACCAUUCCCUAACGUUUGUACUGAAGAAAGCAUUCCAGGCAGCUUGGCAGAAUCCCAGAAUGAAAGUGCUUCCAUCUCUUCUGCUUCCCAGAAUGAAACUAGCCCUUGUCCAUCAGCAACUCAGGCCGAAAGCACCUGCACACCCAAGUCAAGCAGCAGCAAGACUUUCCCAGCACCAGAUGCUGAAGCCAGGCCACCCCCCGUGCCCCCCAUCGCUGCAGCCAGCCCAGGGGUGCCCCAUGGCCCCAGCUGCCCCCCAGCCAUGCCCCCCAGCCAUGGGCCCUGCUCUCCAGGAGCGUCCAGCCAGGCCAUGCCUCUGCAGCCAGACGCCUCCCCCAGCGGCCCUGCACCUGCCUUCCAGCCCAUCUUCUUCACUGGAACAUUCCCCUAUAACAUGCAAGAACUUGUGCUCAAGGUCAGAGUCCAGAACCUUAGAGACAAUGACUUCAUUGAGAUUGAACUGGACAGACAAGAAUUGACCUACCAAGAUCUGCUCAGAGUGAGCUGCUGUGAACUGGGUGUUAAUCCAGAGCAGGUAGAGAAGAUCAGGAAACUACCCAAUACACUUGUAAGAAAGGACAAGGAUGUUGCCAGACUCCAGGACUUCCAAGAGCUGGAGUUGGUCCUUCUGAGAAGUGACAGCUCUCCUUUCCUGAACGCUGCAGCCAUGCUGACAGAGUGGCCAUGCUACAACAGCAGAGCAUCCAAGCUGACCUACUGACCCUGAGAGCUGCAACUGCAAUGUGAACACCUGGCCUUUGGAAGGCAGCAACUUAAAUGUGUGUAAAAAACCUUAAGUUAUUAUUAGGGUUACUAUUUUAACUAAUAUUUUAUAUUUAAUAUCCUGUUUGCUUUUAUUUUUUUACUUGAUACUGUAUUCAGCCAAGGGAUACCUCAUUUGUCUAGUAAAAUCACAUGCUUCCAGUAUAUUUCAAGGAAGUUUAUUGGUUGUAUCUGGCAGUGAAGUCACAAAAUAUGUAAUUAUUGAUAGGAAAAUUAUGUUAAGUAUACCCACUCUGACCAAGUAAGAUGUAUGGAAAGAUUUGGGAAAUUGUGUGUCUCUGUGCAUAUAUAUGCAUUUUAAACUUCCUUAUUAAAUUAAAAGAGGCACACAAUGAAUAGUUGCUCUCUAAAAAUGUAAAUGUCCUUAAUCUUUGCACCUCACAAACACACCAAGAUGGGUUGUGUGGAGAUAUUUAAUCAUUGGAAGUGGCAGGAGAUACCCUAUUACUGGGCUGAAAAUAAGUGGAAUAAGCAUGUCCAUAUGUAAAUGAUUAUACCCCCCCCACCCCAUGAGAAUAUUGUACUUCCACCAAAAAAAAUACAAAAGCCUCUCAUAAAUAUUCCUUAAUUAAGUUGGAGUGCCCUUUCAGGAGAAAGCUCGUGUUUCAGGAGAUGGGGAGGGGACCCCCAAUCUGCACCUGUGGUUUUAUUUACUUCCUGACCGAUGUGAGCCUGUGCAUUACUCACAGCAGGUGUCAGUAUUACCAAGACAGGGAAGCUCUUUGUGGCCAUCCCUCGUGCACUAGUUCCAAGGAGGGCUGUGGUUUCUGCUGUGUGAGAAGCACAGUUGUGUCCUCAUGAGAUGAGAGCUGGAAGGAACACGGCAUGCUUUUAUGAGCCACUAGAUGGGAAACACCCCACAAGCAAGUAACUAACUUGUAACUUUACAUCAUGCAGUCUACUGUCACUGUUACAUAGCCUUGUUUUAGCCAUGUGAGUACUGAAAGGGCUGAAUGCCAGGUGCUUUAAACUUCUUUUUUUUCCCCCUCUUCUUUGUGGGGAGUGAAAAAAAAUCAUCUCUGGUUAAACUACAGACUUUUUAACUUGCAUCUAAGCAAGUCAGUAAUGAAAAAAAUGAUUUGUGGGUUAAAGUGUUUAAGUCACAGCAUUUCUGGAGUAUAAAUAGCUUGAAGCCUUUCCUGAUUAAAAUGGCAGCCUGGGAACUUAUACAUUUGGAGGCUGUUUUCUUUUUUACCAAAAGAUAUGAUGCUGACCUUUGCACCAAAAGCCUUAAUUGAAUCCUGUGGUGGGUGAGAGACUUGCUUUUACUGCAUGAGCUUCUUUUUUCUCCCCUCUGUUCCCCCCUCCUCCCCCCACCCCAAACUGUAUUGAUUUUCCUUCCAUCUCUGCUUUAUGAAGCUGCACUAGAGCAGUUUCUGCACAGCUGGCGCUGUGUUUGUUGUCGAUCUGGACUGCAAUGUUGACAGUCAAACUAUAAAUAGUACAGCACCAUGUUCUGGUAGAAGCAGCACGGCUGCCACUCACCCUGGCUCCUGCUUUACCCUGGAAGACUCCCUCAAGAUGCUGCAUGCCAAGAGAACACAGAAAUCCCUUCUGCCAGCAGAGGAGUUGCUUGACUCUAGGCUCACCAAGUUACUUAGUCUUAAAAUUCUUUCUUACUGCAGUCAAAAUAAUUAAAAUCCCUUUGUCCAUACACAUCACCUUAACCCUGCUAACUUCCUAUUCUCAAUCCUGGUUUUUAUUUCAACCAGGAGCUGAGCUACUUUAAUGCCAGAUUCAACCCUUGGGAAGCUCAAGACUGUGACACAGUAUGAAGUAAAACUUCUUAACUGAGGUUCCUGCUUUGUUUUUCUUGUAGGACAGGAAAGAAGGUUUUAUUUUAACAAUUGUGUAUUUAUCUUUCCAGGCAUAGCUCAGAUUAAGUGCAAUAACUGUCUGAAAAACAGUAGUGGUUAAAUGGCUCAAAAUUAAUAGGAGUAUCUGAUUUCUUUCCCAUACCUUAAUUUAGGAAGUCAGUGUAAGGACUGUCUCCACUAAUUACUGAGCUGGUUUAAAAAGCUUUAUUUCUCUAGUUUCCACCAAGAAUAACAGUUAAUGUGUUAAACUCCACUCAUAAUCUGACUGUAGUAACAGUAAAUCUAUGCAGAGAAAUAUUUUUGUAUGUUUUAUGCAGUUUGAUAAACUCUAAGGCACACUAGUUAUGUUAACUGGUUUUGUUGGGCUUUUUCUUUGAACAAUAAACUGUUGGAAUGACAACUGAGAUUAAGUUUACAAAACUUACUGUUCUUCCAAGGAUGACUUUUGUUUGCACUACAGACUUGUACUGAUCUGAUAUUACUACUCUUACAUUAAAUUGACAGAUUAUCAGAAAUGACAGAUACUUUCAGAAUCUGAAUCCCAGGCUAAUGUACCUAAGGUACCUCAUUUUAUCAUUUUUACUUUUGCAAAGUAAGGGGAAAUGCAAAUCCUGUAACAAGUAAGUGCAGUAGAAGGUGCAAGACAAACAUUUUCAUCGCUGAAAGAAGUAACUCAUCUAGGAAGAGGCCGAGUCCUGUCUCCUAAGUUUCAAAAGGAGGAGGUGUUCAUUCAAUGUCUUUCCAAUUAGGAUUUAGCUGUAAUUUCACUUGCUCACACUUUAUUUUGUCUGAAAAACACCACCAUACCCACUCCUCCAUCCCCUGUGCCCCUGCACAUGUAUUUGCUUAAAUUAAUAAACAAUAGAAUAUAAAAAUAGAAGAACAGAAGUCAAGAAAGGAACACAGCUGUCUAUAUGUGGUAUGAAAACCUAGCCCUACUGACCAAAGAGACCAAGAUCCAGAUUCCACACACAGGCCACACAAGGCAGCACAAGUUACAAUGGUGUUCUGUCCAUGUCUGACUUUGGUGACACACAGUCAAGGCCUGAAUACUAAUGGGAAAGAUAAUGCUCUUUUAAAAGAGCAUAAAUUCAUUGCCUUACAGCCACAGCACUGACAAGUACACACUGCAGUUCUUUUCUAACAAGAACCACUCCGGCUUGCACUACAGCUUCACAGGGCACAUCUCCCUCUCUGUGUGUCUGUUCUGACCAACUGCAUAGGGGCUGUUAAUAUAUCAAUAUUAUAAAUAUCAAUAAACAAAUAAAAUAUCAAUGUAAUAUAUGCAAUGCAAGUAUAAGGCAGUCUGAAUGCCAGUCAGCACUGGAAUUGCUCUAAAUAUGCUGUCAAAGUUAAACAGUUUUAUAAAGAGUUAAUAUCUACAUUUUUAUUGCAAGAUUUCUGUGAUUUCUUAACCAACUGCAGCAAAAGACACUUUUUGGGGAGAUGCUGAACCCAACAGCAUCUAACUGCUGCAAAAGUAAGCCAGAAAUCAAAUCCAGAUGGCACCAAAAAACCCAAACCCACAAACAGCACAGAAUAACUAAGCAUCCAAAUUAAUAAACUAAGCUUGAAGACAUGAGCAAUUUAUUAGGAAAGCAGCUUAAUUAAUAUUAUUAAAUGUUCAAUGACAGAGACAAUCAAAUUUGUAACAGAAAUUCAAAGAUACUUUAUUUCCAUUUCUCAUAUAUCAAGAAGCUAGGAAUUGCUUAGUUGUAAAAAUGGGAUUCAUUUUAGUUUGAUUCACACAAAUACUAAACAUUUAUUCUUGUAUUUUAAAGUCCAAGAAUGAAAACUUGCAAUUAAACACUGAGCAAGCCAUGUGUUCAGGUUAUGUUGGUUUCUUAUCUUAAAAAGUCUUAAAGAAAAAAAAAAAA